AUGAGCCACCAGGAAGUUAGAGACCAUGUAGCUCAUACAGUUGAAAGGUUUCGAAAAGACAAAGUGAAACUGUGUGAACAGCAGGAGGAGGUGCAAAGGAAGUUGGUGCAAAUGCAGCUCGAAGAGCUGAUAAAGAAAGAAAAAGAGAAGGCUAAAAAGGUGUUUCCAGUAAGAACUGACACAGUAAUCAACACUAGUGUGAGCCAAGUGCUGGUGCAAGGGGGGGUCCUAUCAGUUCACGUCACUACACAGCAACUUGUGGUCAUUUCAGCUACCCCAGGAAGGGCUUACUCCUCUGAUGGAACCUCACCACUCUAUUAUUAUGAUCUAACAACUGUCACGGUGCAAGGAAUAUGUCCAUAUGGGGACGUCGAUGAUAAGACCAUAAGACACAAGAGUGGAAUGUUCACACCGACUGUGUUCUUUCUGUUCUCUCCCAGGAGCCGCGAUCGACAGUGUGGUCAGGGUGACUCUGUGUACCCGGUCGGAUAUUCGGAAAAGCAGCUGCCGGACACCAGUGUACAGGAGACCGACAGGAUCCUGGUCGAGAAACGGUGCUGGGACAUCGCCCUGGGUCCCCUGAAGCAGGUGCCCAUGAAUCUGUUCAUCAUGUACAUGGCGGGCAACACCAUCUCCAUCUUCCCCAUCAUGAUGGUCUGCAUGAUGGCCUGGAGACCCAUCCAGGCACUGAUGUCCAUGUCAGCAAGUGAGUAUCGCACCCAGAUCUGUGGUAUAGAGGCCAGGCAGUGUACAGAUACCUCCUUGAGAGAGAGGGGACUGAGAGACACCAGUCAGUGUACAGAUAUCUCCCUGAGGGAGAGGGGACUGAGAGACA